AUGCAGGAGCUGGUGGCUGGUGUGGAGAAGAUCAGCUUUGAUUUGGAGGCUGAUGUGGAGCAGCAGCGAGGAGCUCAGCCCCUGCCCUGCCCGGGUAUGGACAAGCUGGGGGCAGCCUUCUGCACCUUCUUCCACCAAGGGCUGUGCACCAAGGGCGUGUGCUGCCCCUUCCAGCACGGCGGUGGGGUGAGGACCGUGGUGUGCAAGCACUGGCUGCGCGGGCUCUGCACCAAGGGCGACGGCUGCGGCUUCCUGCACGAGUACGACCAGACCAAGGUGCCCGAGUGCUAUUUCUACUCCAAGUUCGGCGAAUGCAGCAACCAGGACUGUCCCUUCCUGCACAUUGAUGCCAGCACCAAGGGCUGUCCCUGGUACGACCGUGGCUUCUGCAGGCAGGGUCCCCUGUGCAAGUACAGGCACACGCGGAGGGUGAUGUGUGCCAACUACCUUGUUGGCUUCUGCCCAGAAGGACCCAACUGUGAAUUCAUGCACCUCAAGGCUGGGCUGAUGACGAGCAGCACGGAUCCAUCCAAGGGAGCUGGCUGUCCUUGGGGGCUGGUACAGCUGGACCUGGGUGCCAGCAAGGAGAGUGGAUGCAAGGAUGCGCUGCCCAUGGAGCCCCCUCUAGCAGUCACUGGCACUACCCAGCACCCAGCAGUGCAGCCAUGGGACACCAGUAUCUGCCCCCCAGGCACACAGACCCUGUGUGAACAAGGCACUGGCUUAAAGUGCAGGCAGAAAGGUCACUGUGCCUGUAACGGUGGGAAGACUCCGCUGGAAAUCCUGCUGGGGAAGUGA